GAAACAAGUUGAAAUUAGGAGCAGCUAUGGCAGUGGAGCUGCCAAUUGCGAGUGAUGGAAGAGGAUACAGUGGGAAAAUCACUUCUAUUGUGAUUCUAUCUUGUAUGGUAGCUGCUACUGGAGGCAUUAUCUUCGGUUAUGAUAUAGGAAUUUCAGGUGGAGUAACAUCUAUGGUGCCAUUCUUGGAGAAGUUUUUCCCAGAUGUAUACACCAAGAUGAAACAAGAUACCAAGAUUAGCAAUUACUGCAAGUUUGAUAGCCAGCUCCUAACAACAUUCACUUCAUCACUUUAUAUAGCAGGCCUUAUAUCAUCCUUCUUUGCCUCAUCAGUCACAAGAGCCUUUGGACGCAAACCAUCAAUCCUUGUAGGUGGUGCUGCAUUCCUCAUUGGAGCAGCUCUUGGUGGUGCAGCUCUCAAUAUAUACAUGCUUAUACUAGGUCGAGUUAUGCUUGGAGUUGGUAUUGGCUUUGCUAAUCAGUCAGUGCCAUUAUAUCUGUCUGAAAUGGCACCUCCAAGAUACAGAGGAGCACUCAACAUUGGCUUUCAGCUCUGUGUUGGCAUUGGUGUUCUAUCAGCUAAUCUGAUCAACUUUGGCACAGAAAAGCUCAAAAGUGGUUGGGGAUGGCGUAUUUCAUUAGCCAUGGCAGCAGUUCCAGCCUCAAUGCUCACUUUGGGAUCACUGUUCCUCCCAGAAACACCCAACAGCAUAAUCCAACAUAGCAAAGAUCAUCACAAGGCUAAGCUAAUGCUGCAACGAAUCCGAGGCACCAAUGAUGUCCAACCAGAACUUGAAGACCUUAUUGAAGCAAGUCACAUAUCAAAUUCCAUCAAACACCCUUUUAAGAAUAUCUUACAGAGAAAAUAUAGGCCUCAACUUGUUAUGGCAAUAGCUAUACCCUUCUUCCAACAAUUCACUGGAAUCAAUGUCAUUUCCUUCUAUGCUCCAAUCCUCUUCCUAACCAUUGGAUUAGGCGAAAGCGCUUCGCUUUUGUCAGCAGUUGUGACUGGUGUUGUAGGCACUACUUCAACAUUCAUAUCAAUGCUCAUAGUUGAUAAAGUAGGCAGAAGAGUUUUGUUCAUAUCUGGGGGCAUUCAGAUGCUUGUCUCACAAGUUAUCAUAGGAAGCAUUAUGGCAGUUCAACUUGGUGACCAUGGUGAUAUAAGCAAGAAAUAUGCAUAUUUGAUUCUGAUUUUGAUAUGCAUAUAUGUUGCUGGAUUUGCCUGGUCAUGGGGGCCACUAGGAUGGUUGGUUCCUAGUGAGAUUUUCCCACUGGAGAUUAGAUCAGCAGCACAAAGUAUCACUGUUGCUGUCAACUUUCUCUUUACCUUCAUUGUGGCACAAACUUUUCUUAGCAUGCUUUGCCAUUUCAAGUCUGGCACUUUCUUCUUUUUUGGGGGAUGGGUGGUGAUGAUGACAGUGUUUGUGUACUUGCUGUUACCAGAGACCAAGAAUUUGCCAAUUGAGCAAAUGGAUAGGGUGUGGAAAGAGCAUUUCUUUUGGAAAAAAAUUGUAGGAGACAAGAGUUAAGGCACAAAGAUAGUGGUGCCUUGAUAUAUAUAUAUAUAACCCACAAGUUACAAUUACCCAUACUUUGAAGUUUAAUGUGACUAAAUGCAUGAUUGGCUUAACUUAUGUUGAAGAAAUAAUCACUUAUUUUUUUGUAGUUUUU